UGCCUUUCAGGCCAGUUAAGUCUCAGCCUCUGUCAUGUCCCGCAGUCGCUGGGCAGAGUUACCAGCAGCUCGCCAGCUGUCAGCAUGGACCAAGGAACCAUCCUGGUGAGGUUCCUCAGGCAGGUGCGCAACAAAGAGGAGAUAACCUCGGGGGAGUUUCUGAGAUUGAAAAGGCAGUCAGUGAAAAACAAGAAUGAUAAAGUCUACCCGACAGGCCAAGCAGAGAAGAAAGAAAAUGCCAAGAAAAAUCGUUACAAAGACAUUGUACCCUUUGAUCACAGCCGAGUGCAGCUGUCGCUGAUCAUUUCCGACAGUGAUUCUGAUUAUAUCAAUGCCAAUUUCAUCAAGGGAGUGUAUGGACCAAAAGCUUAUAUAGCAACACAAGGUCCUUUGCCCCAUACAGUAACGGACUUCUGGAGGAUGCUGUGGGAAUAUAAUGUCCUGGUCAUAGUCAUGGCGUGUCGUGUGAUUGAAAUGGGGCGGAAAAAAUGUGAGCAAUACUGGACAGGCAUGGGGGAGGAUCCAUACCGGAACGGUCCUUUCUGUGUUACCUGUGAAGAAGAGAAGACCAAGCCAGAAUAUGUCAUCAGAACAUUGAAAGUUCAGUUUCAAAAGAUCUGUCGGACUGUGUAUCAGCUUCACUAUAUCAACUGGCCAGAUCAUGACAUUCCAUCUUCAAUCGAUCCCAUCUUGGAGUUGAUCAGAGACAUGAGGCAUUAUCAACCACACGACGACAAUCCCAUCUGUAUCCACUGCAGUGCUGGCUGUGGAAGGACCGGUGUGAUCUGUGCUAUUGAUUAUACCUGGAAGCUGCUGAAGGAUGGGAUUAUUCCAGAAAAUUUCAGCAUUUAUGACCUGAUUCAAGAAAUGAGAACACAGAGACCAUCAAUUGUACAAACCAAGGAACAGUAUGAGCUGGUCUAUAGGGCAAUCAGUGCUCUGUUUGAGAAGCAGCUAGAAUUCCUAAACACCAACGCAACUUUCCAGGAAGAUGAGAUGAUUGAGCCCUCUGUGCAAUUAGAGAGACCUCAGCAGCCAUCAAAAUCCACUCCUUUUUCAACAAACUCAUCACGUCACAGUUCACCAAAAGAGGAGAGGAGUUUGCGAAACAUGGCACAAGAGAUCACUGAUUUACAAUCAUCAGAACAACACAACCAGUUGGAUUUCUGCUUCCUUGGAAAUGAUCAAGCUUGUGGAUUAAUCACAGAUUUGAACAGGAGCCCCGGUAAUUGUAGCAAAGUCUCUCAGUCACCUGAGGACAUGCCGCCCUCCAUUACUAGAUGUCCUCCAGAGAUAUGGCCCGAUAGGCAGCUGAGUUCGAACAGUGUUGGGACAUUAUGGGGAGAAGUGUCCCAGGACUCAGCAAGACAGAUGCAGGAAACAAAAGAGUUUACAAGCAAGACCUGUUUGACCAGGGCAAAGUCGAAUCCCUUUACUGCCAUGAGCCAGGAUCUUGAACACCACACAGAAUCGCUUAACGUUAAGCAAUGCAACUUCUUUUCUUCUUUGGAAGAUCUACUGAGUGCCUCUUCCAGUGGCUGUUCCUCAUCCAGAUCAAACAGUUUACCACCACCUGGAAAGACCUGGAACUCCUGUCACUGGGAAUCUGCUCAAGAAGGGAAUGCCAACAUUCUUGAAGACCCAGAGGAGCAACAUGCUAUGCAUUUUGCAUCCCCUGCUCAUUUUCCAUUCACUUAUUUCACAGAAGAUCCUUAUUUCUCACCUCCCAACUCAGCUCAGCUCCAGGAGAAUAGCCUCUCAUGCCCGGAUUCCCCCUGCUAUUACCUUGAAAAUCUGAUUCCAGUCCGGAGUCGGUCUGAGAAUGAUUACAGCGAGCUGCCGUUAUUCCCCAGAUACAUGGAAACGGCUCUGACCCAGCCACUGGAGAAAGCAGACCAUCAUCACAGUGCUCUUGAAGUAAAGGAAAAUCAUUCCGAUGAAGAAACUCCUCCUCCACUGCCAGAGAGAACUCCAGAAUCCUACAUGCUCCCAGACAAUCCCGAUCCAGCGCCAAUUCCUACAACAACUUGGAAAAUUGGAUCAUCUUUGGAAUGGAGUGGAUCUACACAGCCCAGGACCUUUGUGGAAUCCAAAAACAUGCAGACACGGAGUAAGAGUUUAAAGUUGAGAGCCUUUAGAGUGGAAAGAAAGUGUGACUUGUUAUCGCUUCCAAAUGCAAUCACCUUACCUCAAUCUGGACCACCUUCAUCACCUGAGACCGACAACUCCAGAUCAGUAGCCGAUUCCAACAAGCCCUUUGCAAGGAGCAAGAGUUUGAAAAUUCUCCGAAGUAUGAAGAAGACCAUAACCUGUGCUCCUGCACUGACAAAGACUUCAGAGACUGAACCAAGCACAGAACACACUCGCUCAUUUCUGAACUUUGGAUUUAAGAACCGCUUUGUGAAAACCAAAGGACCACGAAAUCCUCCUGAAGACUGGAUCUGAAACAGCCUCCUCUUUAAAUACUCACAUGCCCUGAAACCAAAUGGGACGAUGCUCAUUUCUUGGAAUCAGGCUCAUUUUUGGAUUUAUUGGGUCUUCUAGGGAAUGCAUAACUGUUCACAAAAAGGAAAGACAAAGACUCUUCUUCCCCUUCAAAGGGAGUUGUGCACGACUGAGUGAGAUCACAUUCUCUGAAAUGGUGCAUUUCCAAGCUUUUGUUUCCCCACAGUUUCACACGUUGAAUUCCCAAACAAAGCAGGAUCCUGAUUCCGUGCCUCAUUCAAGAACAGUUUCAAUAACUCAGGAUCACGAUCAGAUCUAUUUACAUAGUUGAACCUUAUAAGCAUGAACUGUUGCACCUUUUUAAAAAUCUAAGGCCUCAUUGUGCUCGUCCUCUGUAGAAGCAUUUAUGCAUGAUUAAGGAAGUAAUCAGUCACACACUGAAAUCAGGAUGGGUUUGUGCGCGUGCAUGCAUGUCUGGCAAAAAUGCAGUGAAUGCCAGGUUUACAGUUGCAGAUUUUCCUACUGACUGGCACUGUCUUUAUCUGCCAUUUGUAUAUUUUCAGUGGGUUUGGAGAUGAAUUUCUAAUGAAUAUAUUUAAAAUCCAAAGUUUUUGUGAAAAUUGGCUGUGAUUUGUAUUUUCAUUAGAGUUUCUUUAAAUCACAAACAGGAGCAAUGCAGAUCCAGAAACAGCAUGGACAGGGUGUUUUUCUUAUUCGUUUCUGGGACGUUGGCAUUAUUGACCAGGCCAGUUUAUUGUCCAUCCCAAAAUUGCCCUUAAGAGAUUGUUUCUAAGCUGCCUUCUUGAACUACAGCAGACCAUGUGGUGCAGAGGAAGCUGCAGUGAUGUGAGGAAGUCCCAGUUUCUGACCCAGAGACAGCUAUAUAUUUCCAAGUCAGGAUGGCUCGGUGUCUUGGAGAGUAACUUAUAGGGGGUGGUGUUCCUACGCAUCUGCCAUCCUUGUCUCUCUAAGUGAUAAAGGCUGUGGGUUUGGAAAGUACAGCUGAAGGACCCUUUGUGAAUUGCUGCAGUCUAUCUUGUAAAUGGAACACACACAUACCAUCAUGCAUCAGGGUAGAGGAAGUGCAUACUUAAGGUGAAGAGGCUGCCAAUCAAGUGGGAUGGUUUGUCCUGGAUGAUGUCAAGCUUCUUGAGUGUUGUUGGAGCUGCACCCAUUUAGGUAAGUAGGGAAUAUUCCAUCACACUCCUGACACCUUGUAGAUGGUGGAAAGGCUUUGGGCAGUCAGGAAGUGAGUUGUUUGCUGUGGGAUUCCUAGUGUCUGAUGUGUUUAUAUAGCUACAGUAUUUAUACGAUUAGUCCAGUUCAGAUUUGGACAAUGGUAACCCGUCAAAGAUAUUGAUAGUAGAAGAUUCUGCGAUGGUAAUGCCAUAAAAUAUCAAGGGAUUGUGGUUAAAUUAACUCUCGUUGGAAAUGGUCAUUUCCAGGCAGUUGUGUGGUGCAAAUGGCAGGGAAAGAGCAUGAGCAUGGUGAAUCUAAUGGAAUAGUGGGGUGUGAGGCGAGACAUCAAGAGGUGGUUGCUGGCUGUAAUCUAAUUUCUGAGAAGUGACUUUAUAUUCCUAAUCACCAUAAGGAUACAAUCUCUGAUUUUCACUUUUCAGAUUUGGGACCAUGCUCAAAGGACAUAUUGGUGUCAAAAUUCAUUCAAUGGAUUUAAGAUGGAUACACAAUCUCUUCAAAUUAACUUAUACAAUGUUUGCUGGGUUUGCUAUGGCAGCAGAUUCUUCAGUUGGAGAUAUAAAUGGGUUAUGUAGUCACUAGAUGGAGCCAACUUAGCAUAAAAACUUUACUUCACAGAGUGUUGCAAGA